GUUUGGAGGGAAGAAGACUUAUCAGAAGGGCGACAGGCAAUGUGUUAGAAGCUUUCAGACUUACAGAGGACAUAUUUUUAUGAUGUCAGUGGAUUUGACCUCUUUUGUGAUGUUAUUGUGAAAUUAUUGUGUAACCAUUGUGGGAAGAAUCGGGGAGUCAUGAAGGGAAAGAGAAAAGUGUGACACGCUGUCGUUGUUGUUUGACUGUCAUCACGGAAUCGCAGCCACAUUAUACAAAUUUGUGAUGUACGAUAAUCGUAACCUGGAUUUCCAAGGAAGCAUGGAGACCAUUGUUACAUCAAAUGGCUCUGGCCAGGCACGUGUAGAAAAGCUGGAAAGCUGUUGCCCAGCUGGGAAGGCCACAGUGAUCGUGGUAGAGCCUACAGAGAAAAGCUGGGAGCACCAAGUAUCCAGCUCAAGCUCCAACCCCAGCUCCAGCCCCAGCACUAACAAAACACCAGAACUACCCACCUCUACGAGUACUCUGAAGAGGAAGCGAGUGCUGGAGAAGUUUGUGUACAUGACAUCAGUUCUCACAUUGGCCUUUCUGGUGCAUGCCCUCCUCACAGCUCAGUGGCUGCUCCCGUAUUACUACGCUGUUAGUGCACCUGUACUGAUACUCGUGCGAGUGGUCCUGUACUGGAAGUUGAAGUGGCAGUACUUCUUGCUGGACUUUUGUUACUCUGCUAACACCCUGUGGUAUGUCUUUUUGUGGGCUGUUCCAGACCAGUGGAACCUGUUCAGCGUUGUUUACUCCCUGGCUAACGGACCUUUGCUGUGGGCAGUGGUUGUCUACAGAAACUCCCUGGUGUUCCACAGCCUGGACAAAGUUACCUCCUCCUUUAUUCAUCUCCUCCCAACAUUCCUCUCCUUUGGGGUCAGAUGGUAUAGCUCCACCACCUCCCUGUACUGGUACACCUCGUUCAUCCCCCAGCCUCUGGAGCCCUCAUGGGUCUGGCUUGUGGCAGUGCCUCUAGCCUGUUUUGUUAUCCAUUCUUUGAUUUACAGCUUGAUUGUGAAUGUGAUAUUGAAACCAUCUGAUGAGUACCUGACCAGUUAUCGUUAUCUCACAUCAAGGGAGGGAACUUAUCUCUACAUGGUCUUCAACAUGUUUGGACCAAGGGCACGUGUUUACAUGUACACCAUAUUUAACUGGAUGUUCUGCCUAGUUACACUGCUCUUCUCUCGACUUCUGUUCGAGUUCUACAUCGCCAACUGCAUCGCCCUUGCAUUUGUCGUGCUGGUCUGCAUUUUUAACGGAGCCAGUUUUUACAUGGACGUGUUUAGUGUACGUGGUUUUCAGGAUGAGUACUAGCCUGUUUCACACUGCUGUAUUGUGUUCUGGCAGGAUGGUCAUAUCCUGUGCAUAUCAGUCAACCCUUGUCAGGUAUAGUGAAUGCAUUUACCUGCAUCAAAAUUUAAAUGUAUACCUGUAUUUACAAUAAUACAUAUUUUACACCUGUUUGCAGUAUAAAGUUGAUCUCUGUGCUGCCUGGUUUGAAAGAGAUGGGCUUUAUAGGAAUCAUUCUAGUUUUCACUUCUGCUACAAAGUGAAAACUGAUUGCCUUCUGGGCUGUAGGAAAUAUCUCACCAGUCAUAGUUAUUGCAAGUCAUUUUAUAGAACAGAAUGAACAAAAGUGGACAAAUUUUGUAGUGUCCAUUAUUGUUGUAGAAAUGGCUUAAUGGAAUAACUUCUGUGGGAAGGACUUCCAAAUAAUUGCUAAUCCCUACAUGGAGCUUUAUAAACUUCAUUUUUUAAGUCUUAAGCUAUGGAUUUCAACAAAUACCUUUUGCAUAAUACUUUUAACGCAGUGAUUUUAAGUAAUUUGGGAAAAACAGUUGCUGAAUUUUACAGCUUGUAAUUGUUGUCAGGUAACAUUCAUGUGAUGUGAAAUCGCUAAUUAGCACUUCUGUACCUCUGUGACUGUGUUAAUUGUUGUGAAUACCAAACCAUUGUGGCCACAUUGAAAGUGUAGGUCUGAAUCAUUCUAGUUCAUAGGGAUAUUAAUACAUAUGUUUAAACAACAUUUUAUGAUUCGAUGGUGUUACACCCUGAUCUCCUUAAUUUAGUUAUGAUCAAUAUUUAACAGUGUGGGAGUUAAGUAUUUACUGACUUGUUACCAGUGAAUCUCUUUAAGGUGUAAAUAAUGAAAAUGCUGUUUUAGUUUUAAUUGUUUGUGUGUUUCAAUUUUUGUUGUACUUUAUUGGAGUCGUGCUAUAUAUUAUUAAUUCAUAUCAACCUCAUUAAUUACAUGCCCUGUUGUAAUCAGAUAAUCAUGAUUUACCCAAUGAGGCUCAGGUCACUUUUCGUGAAGAGUUACCGCCCUUACUCUGUUAGACCUGAACAAGUUGUAGCAGUUGAAGAGUGUACACGGAGACUCUCCCAUCAAGCAUAACCGUUAUAACUAAUGAUUUAUUAACAUUGUAAAGUUAAUAUAUAGCAGGAAACCCUCAAACUGCAUGCACACAGUUAGCGAUAUAUUUGCUACAUACAUUAGUGAUGUUACAUGAUUAUCAGGUGCUAACAAUUUGACAUAUCCAACAAUCUACCACUGAUUUAGAGUGGGAAGUUUUGUAAACAGUUGACUGAGUUGAUGCUUUGACUGAUUAUAUCCAUUUGUGCACCACAGUUGUUUCCUCAAUGUUCUUGUCUUUUCAUACAACUUUUUACACAACUGCUAGGACAGUAUUGAGAACAAUAACUCAUAGGAAGCCAGAUGUUUUUUGUGUAGUUUUGUCCACAAAUGAUUAUUGUCAAACUGUUUGUUAUUAUUUAUUGUUAGAAGGUGGUUGAAAAAUAGCGAUGAUUGUCCGAACACUUGUUUUAUUUCAUGUACAAGUCUGCGUGUGUAUUUUAAAAAUCUAAUAACUCUACCACAACAUGUACAGAUAUACUCAGAGGAAAAUUCUGUUUAACUUUUAUAUUAUAUUUUGAUUAUAUUUUAUUUGUGCAAUUUUGAGAAUACAACACGACAUCUGUGUUAAUGAAACACAAAGCAGCAAUCAGGUAAAUAAAAAAAUACAUUUAUGAUUGGGUGAUUGGGAUCAUCUCCACAGACCAGUACAGUCCACUCCCCCUCCCCCAAUUCAAGGGAUAUAGCCCCAUGACAAAAGCAUUCCAUUCAGUCUUCGUGUUCCCAAAAUGACACUCUUGCUAGCUUAUUUAAAAUCUGCUUUCCAUCGUUCAAAUCCAGCUUUGGUGAUCGACCCUCUGAAGGUUGUAGUCAAGUACAUGGCCUCGUACAUGCUCUGCCUGAAGAUUUUUACAGCAGAUUUAUUUCUGUGCAUGUUCCACACGUUAUAUGGCACAGAUACAUAGAUGUGCUCCUCUUGUUUUUAUUUAGGAAAAAAAUGAAUUUUUUAUAUGGCUUCCUCUGGUGUUGGUGACUUUCUCUGUUGAGGAAGAAAAAAUAUUGAGCUAUGUAAAUUUUUUGAAAAACAUAAUCUUGUUGAAUGCACCCUCUCUUUGGACAUGAUGUAGUCCUGGUUUUUAUCUCCUUCACUUUCACUUUGACAUACCUGUCUGUUUAUGGUGUAUUGUUUUUGGCUACUUUACCAAGAUGAACUGGUAGAACAGAUACUGAGUGCUGAGUUGGCAAUGAAGAAUUUGCAAAAUUGUUGGUUGAUAUUUAUAUGUAUUUCAUUAUUUCUUUCAACAAGACGUAUUGUUAUUUUUAUAUUGUUUUGCUGAUGAAUUUACUUUCACAUUCUAGUCUGUUUGUGGUGUGUAUUUUUUUUCUUUGGGUCAUUUUACCAAAAUGUUUUAGUAGGACUUAGACGGAGUGCUAAGUUGACAGUGAAGUAUUGUAGGUGGAUUUGCAAAAUUGUUGGUUGACAUUUAUAUGCAUUCCAUUAUUUCUUUCACCUAGCCAGAGUAAAUAUUUUAAAAUCAUCAUUUGA